UGUAAUGGUGAAAUUUUUUUGUUUCUUUGAGUAUUUUGCAAUCUAGAAAUUGCAAAUAUUAGAAAUUUGUGAAAUCAAGUGGACGAUAUUAUAAACAUAUUUUAGUUGGUCUAUUUUUUACACGAGAAACAUAAUCCAGCUUGGAAAUUUCACUCUAGAUCUAUAGAAUUAAUUACCAAAAACACAAAGUUGGCAGUUUUUAAUUAUUAUUAACCAAUAUUAUUUAAAUACAUCAGAAAAACAAAUUGUAAGUGAGAGGAAAAGAAUUAGAAAAAUAUUGGUCUAUUAUACCUUAUUGACAAUGUGAAUCGAAACAGCCAUUCUUUAUAAGUUCUUAGUCAUGCGUCUUGAUAAAGUGUUUUUAACUUUAUAGCAAGGUCAAAAGUUCAAAAACGUAUUUUUAAGGGUGUAUACGAAAAAUGGGCCUGAGAUAUCGUUAGAGAUCUCCUAUGGACCCUCAAUUUUAAAUUACAUAUCUUUACAAUUAAGAUUGUUUUGAGAAUACUAAAAACAUCCUUUUUAGGUACUUUUAAAAUGAAAUAUCUUCAUCGGAGAAUGCAAUUUAACAUUUACGGGGUAAUUUGAUUAGAACCUAACUUUCUGAGAUUUUUUUCACUGUUUUAAAUGGGCUAAAAGAAAAAAAAUAUCGGGAAGAAGUAUUCUUCUUGAGUGUAGUGUUUGUACUUCUUAGUUGUAUUUUUUUUCUCUCUGCUUGUAAAGCGUACGACCUAUUCGACACAUGUCAACCCAGUCGACCGACGCGACGGCUAAAUCAAUUAAUCUAAAUCCUGUAUUCCUUUGACACGCUCAAUCCCUACUAUCCGUAUACGCAUGCUGAACGCUGUUAUACGGUCCCCUUGUUGUUCAUGGCAAUAAAAACCGGUACUUCAGUACACCAAUUACACCUUAGGCAUGGACAGUCACUCCGAGUAAGUUGUAAUAAGGGUGACAUCUUCAGUUUCCUAUUUUUCCUUAAGUUCUUGUAAUAAUAUUAAGGUGAGACUCAUCUGGGCUUUACAAUCUAAAACAUUGAAAAAAAAUCUUAAAAUUUUAAUCUAAGGUUCAAUUGCAAAUUACGCUAUUUGCGGCAUAACUUAUGGCCUGUCCGUAGUUAUGGCCUCCUCGCAGAAAUCUUUAAUUUUUGUCACAAAAUUAUUUCAAAGAACCCCAAAAUUAAAAAUAUUUGAUUUGCCAAGAUAUAACAGCAAGUAAUAUUAAUUUUCUGGUUCUUCGAGAUUACAUUGUGACAAAAAUUUAAUAUUUCUGCGAAGAGGCCAUAAGUAUAGACAUGGAUAGAUCAUAAGUAAUUCCGCAACCCUAUACACUAAAGAUGUAGUCUCGGAAUUGAGACUACUACUCUCAAAAUUACCUAUUCCAAUUCUGAAAUCUACUGAUUCUUAUUUCUUGGUCAUCUUUUUCCUUACACAAAAUUUAAAGAAAAAGUUUGAAAUUUUUUAUUUCAACUUAGCUUGUAUCUUAAGAUACUUAGAAAUGAAGAUUUGGAUCUGAAAAUAUAAAAGUCGCUUAAAUGAAUUCAUUUUAAUUGGUGAAUUUAUUUAUCAAAAUAUUUUCAAUUGUUUGAGGUUAGGUAUAACAUAACCUCAUAUUUAAAUAAUUCCCUAAAAUUUCUAAAAUUAGAAAAAUGAUAAACAUCUGAAUUUUCCAAAGCCUGUACUGUAGUGUUAAUGUGUAGCUUUAUCAGAGCAAUGGUUUUUUUCUCAAAUUCUUGGGCAAAUAAAAAACAUUCCACAAAUCUACGUGAUCUAUUUGGAUUCUAAAUAACAGGUAAACAAUUUUUUCCUUAUUGUCGGUAAAUGGUUAAGAUUUAAUUGAAGUGUGAUGGUUAAAAAAAAUGAGACUAUAUAAUUGAUAACGUGACCUGAUGGUCAUUUGAGCAAAAAAAAAAAAAGAUUACCAACUCCAGUUCACUCUUUGGUUGUGAUACAGUAUAAAAUGAAAAUUAAAUAAAAGUUCACUUUACCUUGAAAGUUAAUUUUUGAGCUUAUGCCUCUUGCUCGAAAACUUUAUAUUAUAUGGUUGUAUACAUAAUUUUAUUUAACAGACACAGGAAUCACACGUACUAUAGGGUAACAACACUUGUCAAGGUAUUUUUUUUUAUAAGCGGAUUUUUGUGAUACACCCCGAAAAUUUAAAUUGUCAUUCUGGUGAAUUAAAAAAAAAGAAUAGGAAAGAAUUGUAUGAGAGAUGUAUGUUGUAUGUUUUAAUGGGUGUAUAUGUAUGUGGAACUAUAUAGAGUUCCACAUUUCAUUCGGGUUGAAAUUUUCGUAUGGAAAUUCAACUACAGGUAUUUUACUUCUUAAGAGUGUCUGCGUGAUAACGUGACGUGUGGGGACUUUUUAGCUGGAGUUUCUGCUUAAUGCCCACUAACUCCAACAAACGAACCGUGUCAUGAAGCGAAACUUUGCUUUCAGCAAUCGCACAGCAUGAGUCAGACGCCGAUGGUCGAUCGCGAUGAACGUAUUUUGCGCUAUGAUUUCGAUAUUGUAAGAGAGGUUUCAAUUCUGAUCCACGGAGUGUUUUGUUGUGUACUUGUGAAUAUAGAAAGGUGUGUAAAUAAUAAGCAACUAAAAUCAGAUAAUUACCUUCAGUUGAAGGAAAAAAAAGGGGCAGUUGAAUAAUAAGUUACAUAUUUAUGCUGUUUAUGUUUUGUGCAUAAAUUGUUUUUUGGGGUUUUUUGAGUGUUGAAGAGAUUCAUCUCAGCAUUGAGGAUUAAAUACUUCAUGGCAAGGCAUAAGAUAUUGAAAGAAAAGUUUUAAUGUGAAAUUUUUUUUUGAGAAAUUGUGAAAUUACAAUUUGAAAAAAAAGAAGUAGAUAGAAAAAAGAGUGAAAUUAUACUUCUGUUCGUGUGUGUUAAAAAAAAGAAGUGCUUUGAAAGCAUAGCCAAAAAAAGACUUACCACUCACGCAAAAUUAUUUACUUGAACCUUUUUCAGCAUUAUAAGAUGCUUAAAUAAAAGAUAAAUAAAUUUAUGCAUUUAAAGUGUGCUACAAGAGCUUCAUUUGGAUGUAACGAAAAAAAAAGAAAAAGAAAAAAUAAUCCAUCGUGAAGACCAAUAAUACCUACCUUUCCCAUGUUAUAUGCAAAAGAAGAAAGAGAUAUGCGCGUUUACAAGUUAGAAAAUUAUAUAUUAUUCAUUUUUGGAUAUGUGGAAAAAUUAUUUUAAGAAUUUUUAAUAUAAAUUUCUUUUAUUUUUCUUGUCUAUAAAUUAGUUAUUAAUUUAUAAAAAUGCAGAUUUAAUUAAUAAGCAAUAAUAAAACACCAAUUCAUCCAUAUCUAAAGAAAAUGUUCAAAAUUGAAAAUUCAGUUCCAAUGAAUGAUUUGGUUAAUUUCUUUAAUAACUCAACCAUAUGCUCAAGUCUCCCCCCACACAAGUCUAAACCAUUUUACACUAUGUAUAAUUUCCACCACUCUUUAUGAUUUGCUAUAUAAUUCGUUGGUUUUUUUUAUUUCAUUUAAAUGUAUCCACAUAAUAAAAGAAGAGAGAUAGACAAAUCUCAUAUGAUACCACUUAUGUUUACACACUGUUGGCUUCCGUAUGUAUUCGAACAUAGAAGAGAAAGAAUAUGUAUAUGUUGUAAAGACUGUUACUCUUUCAAGCAUAUUUAUUAUGUGUUUAGAAUAUAACGUUUAAACGAGAUAUCGCAAUGGGUUAUAACUUCAUUUGAAAGAAAAAAAAAAGAAAUAUAUUCUGUAUGCAUUUAUACUUUAAACAGUAAUACUGAAACACUUGAUAAGUUUUGCAAUUAAAGAAAUUUUUAAUGAUUAAUUUUCAAGAACAUCUCUCAUGCGGGUACUACCGGAAAAUUAAAAUGGUGUCAGAUAGAUAUGAAGUCUCGUCUUGUUCUGACUUACGUAUAGCUCACCACACCCUGCACACCUUUAAAAAAAUUAUAUUUUAAAAAUUUAUUGUGAAGUAAAUUUUGUGAAAAAAAUAAUACAGGAAUUUUCAUACUUCAACCAACUAAGAAAAUUACUCCAAAUACAAUUUUCAGUGAAAAUGUGGAAUAUGUUAACUUAAAAUUAAAAAGUGUUCUUAAACAAGAAUUUAAAAAAAAAAUAAUAAAAUGAGUGAUAUGGCUUGAAUUCACUGAAUUUUAAAUAGUUCAAUGGAAAAUUGAAUUGUUGCAGAAGAUUAAGUGUAUCCAAGGAUUUCGAUCAAUCUUCACCUAUUAACUAACAUCACAUUCAUACGGGAGAACUGUGCACGUUAGGAGCAAGAGUAAGCCAGAUGGAGUGUAUGCCAUUGAGAUCACCUCCAGGACCUUACCAUUAUCACGUCACAGAUCAAACAAAGUCAUUGCAGGAAUUACAGAAUGAAGUCGGAGCUUUACUGGAAUUUCGUGAUUUGGUUAUUGAAACCUUUCCUGAUCUCAAAAAUAAAAUGGCAUCAUCGUCAGCAUCUAGUACAAUUACAGGCCUGCCAUCGUCUUCAUUGGCGUCAAGAAGAUCAGAGUGGGAACCGGGGAUACGGGUUAGGCGAAAAUUGACACCUAAAGAAAAUGCCGAAAUAUCCUCGUCGUCUCUGAUAAGGAGCAGGAGUAAUUCACACAGCGGGAAGAAGGAACCAAAGAGUGGUGAGGGAAAUGGAAGUGUUGUGCAGGAUUCGGGAUUCUCCACGGAGACGAGUUCGUCGAAAGAAACACAUAGUGCUUCAUCGACAAAUGGUGCUAUGCAGGGAGUUAAUGUAUCAAAUACAUCACAACGCAUGACUAUAGACAGCGACAAUGAAUUGUGGAAUUUAUUGGAUGUCUUACACCGAAAGAGUAAUCGACUUCGUGAUGAAGUUGAGCAUCUUCAGCAAUUAGAGAAGGAACGAUGCAAAACAUCAAGUAUUCCUCACAGCUUCCAAAAGCAGCUGGAUCGGGUGGGAAAGGAGGAUGUGCAGCUGUUGAGGAAGGAACGGGAUCGACUGUUGGACAAAUUGGCGGAAAUGGAGGCGGAAAAUCUAUCGGGACGCAUAAAGUCGACAAAUAUGGAAGAUCAGAUAAAUGCACUGAAUUUGGCUAAGCAAGAAUUGGAGGAACAACUGAAGGUGGCAUUGAGUCAAAAAGUUGAACUCAAUUCACGAAUCAAAGACCUCCAUCAGCAAUUUGAGGCUUCAAAACAGUCUCGUACUAAUUUACAUAGUGCCCGCAAAUUUUCUACUUCAGAUACUUUUAGUAGUGGAAGCAGUAGCACACACCAAGGUGCCUCAUCUUCUGGUAAUGUUGCAUCGACGACAAAAAUCACAAGGAAUGAUGGUGGGAUUCUUGGACGGCUGGACGGACUAGUCAGUACACCCAAUAGACUGAAUAAAGUGAGAUUAGCGGAUUCGAAGAAGAUCGAGGCGAUUUUGCUGGAGAAUAAUGUUGUUGAACUGCAGCGACACUUACUAACUCUCACCGUUCAGAAUCAGGUAUUGCAACAGAAAUUAGAUCAUGCAACACGAUCGAAAAUCCAUCUGAUAAAGCGCCUUGAUAAGGCGAAAGAGGAUAUUGAUGAUCUGAAAUUUCAGUUGGAAGAGAAAAAUAUUGAAUUUGAGGGUACAAGAGCACAGCUCAGGGUACUUGAGUCAAAAUCAACUUCCAGGCACGAUCACAGUCCUGAGGGGAGAUUGGCAUUUAAGUUGUCUCCCACGAGGGACUCCCUGAUCCGUCAAUCGCAGAUCUCGACGCCCAGCAUGAAGGCCAUGGUGCCGCUGGCGAUGGAUGAGAUUGGGCAGCACAGUAGUAGUACGGAAUCGGCUCAGGAUCAGUCUGAGCAGACACGUGCCUUGCCAGAGACGCCAAAGAAACGUCCCAGUCGGAUUCCGUUGGCGGGAACGAAGGGGAAUCCGGCACCGAAACCGCCAACGGGAAGGGUCAAUGGGAAAUUGAGUCCGUCUGGUCCACCGUCCAAUCGGAGUUUGAAUAAGAGUACAAGUAGUCUGAUGGGACGAUCGGGACCACCGAGUUCGGUGAAGAAGGAUAGCAAUAGUUCAUCACCUAGUCUCCAGCGACCGGAUUCGGCACAGAGUUGGCGAAAAGAUACGUCAUUGGGUGGAAAUAAUAGGAGUUCAUCAAUUCCCAUUUCGGCCAAAUCGAGUCCGUCCCCGCCCAAACCGAUGCAUUCGCCAUUGCCCAGGGCAAAGAGAGAUACAUCGGCAGCCAAGAUGCGCAAUCUGGAUUCACUGAAUGCCACAAAGGCGCCCUCGGGUGUCAGUCCGUCAUCGCCCACGAGUCCAAGUCCAGCCAUUGGCUCGCAGCAGCAGCAGCAAGUGUUCAAGGCAAAGAGAGAUAUUAACUCCAGCAGCUACAUUUCACCUCAGAAUCGAGCAAAACCAUCUUCAGUUCCAGUUCGGCGGAUCAGCAGCAGCAGUAGUGCAAGAAAUGGUGACACACAAGAUUAUGAGAAUGGAAAGCUCAUGUUGAGCAAGAGUACGGAGAAUGUGGCGGAAAAGGUUGCAAGUGAGAAUGAGGGUGAUGUUAGAGGUUCUCGUGACCUUAUCCGUGAAUAUUUGAUGAGGACAAGAAUCCAUCAGCCACCAGCGAUAUUUCAGACACCCUUUGAGACAUACACAAAUCCAAUGCCAAUGGACUUGGUUUAUCGAUAUCCAGGCAUGGAUACCGAUAGCAGUGUGUACAGGGAGAAGAAUCGCGAUAUGGAGAUUAAGUACUACGAUGACAAUUACUCAAUCGAUCUGCUGAACUCUCAGAGUAAGUCUGAGGAUGAAAGCAGUGCCAAUAAGUCGGUUAUUUCGGCAUUUGCUGCCCAGGAUGAUCAACCAGUCAAGAGUACGAGGAUUGAAGGAUCCUGUCGACUCAUCGGCAAAGUCAAUCCGAACAUCCUCAAGACAUGGGAGCAGCUAAGGGGUGGCAAUACAACGGAUGGCGAGAAAGUUCAGAGGGUCUUGUACGAGACACAAAUUAAGCAAUCCUCCAGCAUCUUCUACGACAGCAUCGACAAUAGCAUCGGAACUGUCGUGUCCGAUGCUGAGGAAGCUGUCCUGGCAGCUGGAGAAGUCAUGGCUGAAUGUGACUCUAUGCUGGACAAGAAACACUCAAAUUGCUGGUCCAUUGAGAGUGAGAACAAAUAUAUCAUUAACUAAAAAAUGGGAAGAACGAAGAAACUUCUGCAAACCAUUCCACAAUUAUUGGUUUGUUGCAGGAAUAAUGUCGCAAAUUUUCCUUUAUGAAAAAAAUUGCUAUAGUGAAGGUUCUUCUUGACAGAUUAAGACAAAUUUGGGAUUGCUGGAAUCGUUAGACAUUUGUGUUUCAGAUUUUUUUUUGUAUAUUACGGCUCGUAGGACCAAAAAUGGUAUUUCUAGAAUCUAUUGAUUCGCAAGAAAAACUUAGCGUGCUUCACGCAAGGCAAUCUGCUACAGACUGGAUGUCAUUCCAGAAAUUCUCCAUUGCGAACAAGCUGCCAUCUAGCAGGAAAUUUAUUUGACGUUUCUUUGCACAGGGAAGCUCUUCCAGAAGGCUUCUUUUGUGAAUUUUAUAUCGGGAAAUAAUUGAUUCUUUGGUUAUUUUGCAAUUUUUUAAUUUGUUUCGGUUACAUUCGAAUGCAUUGAUAAGAUUUAACAACAAAAUACUUGUUAAAAACUGUUUAUAAGUCCAAGAAUCCUCUCGUUCUGUAAUAACCUUCCCGAUUUGAGAUCUCUCUCCGAUUGAGGUUAUUCCUUUACCGAUUUGAAGGUGUAUCAGAGAGAACUUACAUAAAAACCCAUUGGAAGUUCUAACGUUUAAACUGACGAGUUACACAAUAGUGAGAAAGUUCGUAAAAAAGACAUUUAUCCAAGGGGAAGAUAUUAGGAUGAAAAUGUGUACACCACUUCCAGACACUUCCACAAUUUGUAUGGAGGAACCCUUUACACUUCCAGCAUUUUGAAAGACUCCCAAAAAUGCUGCAAUACUUCCAGCACUUCUUGCACUUCAUGCAC